AUGUCUUCUCCUGGUGCGGUUGGACCAGAAACUAGAGGAGCACUCGUUAACAUCUUAGCUUGGUUUUGGAUGGUAGCGAGUUGCAUGGCCGUCGUCGCUCGCUUGGCUACAAAAUACGUCGUAGUGCGGAAGUUUGGGGUCGAUGAUGGUUGGGAAUGGCCUCGGAGAGGACAGCGACGAGCUGUCGGCAUCACAAUUAGUUUCAUUUCAAAAGGUAUUCAAUGCUUCUACAUACAGCCCCGUACCCUGAUACAUCUUGGCACAGAAUUGACUGUCCGCUACAAGUCGUUUUACACCGCGGGUAUUCUAUGGAUAGCCAGUGAAUGCGCCAGUAAGGUUUCGAUGGUCUUUUUGAUUAAGAACCUGUUCAAUCUGGGGGCACAAAAGCUGGAGACCCUCGUGUUCAUCGCUUCUAUGGUUCUGUGGGCGACGGCUUCCAUUCUGGUGGUGAUAUUCGAAUGUCAUGUGCCAUACGUGUGGAAUUUUCUGGGCGACCAGUGCAUAAACCAGACUGUCUUCUGGAACUUCACCAAUGCCGUCAAUAUCCUGCUCGAUAUUAGCCUCAUACUGGUACCCAUCAUAUAUAUGUGGCAGGUCCAGGUAUCUUUCCGACGCAAGGCCGUCGUGAUAGGUUGCUUUGCGACCCGGGUUUUUAAUAUUGCCGCUAUUGCCUGGCAAAUUGUCGAGCUGAAUCGUGCAAGCAACGCCUCCAAUACGACAUAUGCCUUGUGGUCAGUAGCCACUGCGAUGAGCCUAACGCAAUGUUUGAGCAUCGUGACCGCGUGUAUUCCUUACCUCAAACCUUUCUACCAAAGUUUGGAAUCCGGCAUGAUCCGCAGCGACGACAUGCGACGCCGAGGCGGCACAUUUCGCGGAGGCUACUACUAUAACUCAGAAGGCGGGCACUCUCAGGGUUCGACCUGGGGCCAGAAUGUGCUGAAGAACAUGUCGGACAGGCACUCGAAGCCGCACGAACUCCAAUCUAUCACUUCUAUAACAGCCCUGAACACGGCGACCAAAUACCAUCAGUUUGAUCAAGAGACUCAGGCGAGCAGGUCGCGCACUAUUCAGGAGACAAGAACGUUUACAGUCGAAGAGGUCACGACUCACGAGUGA